CGAGCCCGGCCGGCCCUGCCCGCCCCCGGGGGCACCGCGGGGCUCCGCUCCCGGGCCCAGGGGCGGGGCAGCCGCCGCAGCCGCCACCUCCUCCUGCCGCCGCUGCCUGCCCUGCCCUGCCCUGCCCAGCCGGGGCCGGCCCUGCCGGCGGUGGGGCCCGCCAUGGGGCUGUGCCUGCCCUGCAUGGGGGGAGCCGUCAAGGACGUGGUGGAGACGCCCGACCCGGAAGUAAAAAGAAGACAGCUAGCAGAAGCUGCUGAAAAGAGACAAAUGGAGGCUUCCUCUCGAGGCAUUAAGAACGUUCAAUCUGUAGAGCAAAAGAGAAAGAAACAAGAAGAAAUAGAAAAAAGAAUUGCAGCUUCAGGUUCUGGAGGAGGAGGAGGAGGACUGAGAUGGCAGGUGGGAUAAGGAGGUUGCACUUCUGGGGAGAAGAUUGAUGUUUACGGCCAACAGGUUGCCAGUUGCAGCAGAGUGGCACUUACUCAUCACAUGGCUUUUCCUGUUUGCAUAUGAAGACUCAGCAGUACUUUGCCAUUGUGGGAGGACAGAUGUGGAAACGUACACUAAGAAACAUAAGAACUAACUAUGAAAACUAAGUUUUGGCCAAUUUUCUUUGUUCUAUGUGCAUGUUUUAUUGUUUCCUUGUGAAGGGAGUGAGAUGGGUUUUCUCAAGUGAAAGUGGCCUCCUUACUGUAGUCAGUCAGUAUGUGUGUGCUGUCUGGUCAGUUGGUGUCUGUCUGUGUACAACUGGCUUAUCACAGCUCAGGUGCCUAUGUAUUAUUUAGGAUGCUUACUUCAAGCUGUAUGAUUAAACUUUUAAGUUCUCAUGUAGAAAGUUGUUCAUAAAUAGAUGUAUUUGAAUACAUAGGCGACAGCAUUCCUCUUCAGUUUCCUAAUGACUUCUGAACUGCUUAGGGAUUUAGUGCCUUUUUUAAAAGAAGAAAGCAGAUUCAUGGUGGGUCCUUAAAAAUAGAAGCUUUUUGUGACACUAGUUAAAAAAACAGAAACCUUUAUAAACCCUGUAUACUGACAGAAAGAAAGCUGUUUUAUUAUGAGUCUAAUAAUUGUUGUCAUUUUCUGAUGUGGAUGUCUUUUGAGUCUGUAAGUAUUUAUAAUGAAUACUGGAAGCUAAACAUUAAAAAUACUGUUAUUAGUUGUUCUCCUUUGUUACCACCAGAGGGCAGUGCUGCACUCCUCAGGAUUUUGAAAAACAAACAACAUUUAUUACGUCAUCUCUUAGGUGGUUCAUUUCCUCAAGUUUCUUGUCCUGUGUAGGUGGGUUUGUUGCAGUGCAGUAACAUUUGCCAAAUGCCAAAGCUCUGUUACUUUUCUUCCAUGUUCACCAAUGUCUCUAAACCCUUUCUCCAACAUGAAACUGCCUUUGAUUAUUUAGAGCUCCCUGCACUGUGGUGUUACUUUCAAACUAGUGGCCUCAAGUCCCUGCUUUGAUAAAUGAAGGAAGCUUCUUGCAGCAUGAUCCAAGAAUCUAAGACACCAAGAAUCCAGCUCCACUUUUCCCUAGGGAGCAAUAUGCUUGGGCUCAGUAUGUUACUGUCCCCAUUCCUGACCUAGUUUAGGCUAGAGAGGCUUUUUUUAUUGUUCCUUGAACUAAAUAUUUCUUCUCUUACCUCUCUCCUAUUAGUGUCUCACACUGUUAGGAGUGCAGUCCUGACACAGUGUGCUUCCUGGCUCAGCCUUCGGAUUUGAGUUGAGAAGGGAGACUUUUCAGUAUUAAUACAAUGGUGUUUGUGCUAAAAAGCUGUGUCCUUGGCAGGUGAAUACCUUCCAUUUCCUUUCAUUGCUGGCAGUUUCUCUCUUUGUAUUCAUUGGUUGUAGUGAUUUUUUUAAGUAAAAUGAAAAUGCAUUGAAUUAAAAUAAAAUAUACUAAACAUUA